AUUGACAUGUGUUUCUCUUUCGAAGAGAAGAAAAUGAUCCGUUACAGAAGUUUUUCGGUUUUAUUGUUCAAGAAGAUAAAUACCACUUCUGUCUAUAAGAUCCACAAUUAUUGAGCGACGUGACAUGUGCAGAAUAGUUGUACAAGAAUUUGCGUACAUGCAGCAGAUUUAUUAUGAGAGGGAGUUUUAUCAUGAAUUUGUUUCUUUCACAUCAAAGAAUGAAGAACUAGUCGUAUAACGAUUUGGAGUUAGUCGACUUCGCAGUGACGCGUUGCGUUUUUUUUUUUAACUAUGGAAGAUACUUGGAAUCAUUAUUACAAUAUCCUUUUUAAAAUAUCAUCAAUCACUGGUGCGUGGCCGUAUCUGAAACUAAGAACAAAAAUAUUUCGUGUUACACUGCGAACCACGAUCACAUUGACCAUAUUAAUUCCGCAGUUGGCGUAUCAAUUUAAGUGCAAGAAAGACAUGCAGUGUACUUUUAAGGCAAUGACAGCGUAUCUGCUGUCAUUUAUAGCUAUGUUGAAAGUGUACACGAUUCAGUCAAACACCCGCACAAUUAAAAAUUUCAUCCAACACUUACUUGGCUACUGGAAAGAAUUACAAACUUCCGAAGAGUACGAAAUUAUGAAGUCGUAUGCCGAAAAUAGUAGACGAUUCUCUUUAGUAUAUACGAUAUAUUGUUUCAUAGCAGUGAUUGUGUUCGUGUUAAUGUCUCUUAUACCAUAUGCACUUGAUAUCGUAUUGCCUCUCAACGAAUCCCGUCCUUUCUUACCGCCAUAUCAAGGAUAUUAUUAUUUUGUGGACAUGCAAGACUAUUUCUUCGAAACUAUUUCGCAUGGUAUCGUGGCUUGGACAGUAACCGUGGCCGGAUUAGUUGUCCACGAUUGUAUGUUCGUGACUUUUGUUGAGCACGUUUGUAGUAUGUUCGCCGUAGUUGGGUAAGGAAAUAAUUACAAAAUUGUUAGCAACACUACAAUCUUUAUAAUUUGUUAUAUAAAUUGUUUUUUAUAUAAUUUGUUAUAUAAAAUUUAGCAGAAUCAAUGUUGUACGAAUUUUACAGAUUUCGUUAUGAACAAUUACUUUUCAAUCGUAACGAAGAAAUGAAAGAUGUGAAUGAUUCAAGCGAAACAUCUCACAAAAGAAUUGCAUUUUUAGUGCACACACAUCGAGAAGCUUUAAAGUGAGUACACGAUUAAAUAAUGAUAAAUAUAUUUCAAAGAGGCUUAAUUGCAAAAGUUCAUUAGAUGGAAUAUAAGUGGAAUUAAUUAUGCGCAUUUUUGUAAAAAACAGUUUAGGUGCAAAACAUAAACAGUUUGCGAAUUAUUUAGCAGCUGACAAGCUAUUCACAAAUUGUUUGCAAGUUGUAUGCGGACAAUGUUCGUUAUUGUGUAAUUAGCAUAUUACAGUGUGUUUGGUUAGAAUGUAACGUAUUUAUAUGUGUAAAAAUAACAAGAAAUAUCUGAAAACAAUUAUAUUCACAAUUUGUGGUGAGUAUGUUAUCUUUUAUUUGUCACAGGUACGCACAACUUCUUGAA